CUGUCGUCCCCCCGCGCCCUCCUGGAGCUCACACAGACCUUCUCACUUAAAGAGAUGCUAUCGCUGCUCAGCCAUUCCCUGCUGCUCAUCCUUGCUCAACAGGUCUUCAGCAGGGCUCAGAACAAUGGGCAGCUGGCUGCUCGAGAUGGGCGGGCUGCGGCCGAGAGGCGGCAGUUCUGCCAGUGGCCCUGCAAGUGCAGAGAGAGACCCCAAUGCGCCCCGGGAGUGAGCUCGGUCCUGGACGGGUGUGGCUGCUGCAAGAGCUGCGCCAGGCAGAUCGGAGAUGCGUGUAACGAGAGGGACGUCUGUGACCCACACAAGAGCAUGUACUGCGACUUCUCAGCGGACCAGCCCAGAUAUGAGGUCGGAGUGUGUGCAUACCUGAUGGCAGUAGGCUGUGACCUGAAUGGGGCCCACUAUGAGAACGGAGAAGGUUUCCAGCCCAGCCCCCUCUAUAAGUGCACAUGUAUAGCUGGAGCCAUCGGCUGCACCCCUGCUUUUAUCCAGAAGCCAGCAGCACUCUUAGGCCCCGCCUCACUUAUGGGCAACAUGCCAGCCGGCCUCCGCAGUGGCCAGAGUGCAAAGAAGAACCAGCAGGACACUACCUACAUGUCAGCUUACAGGGAUCCUCCUUUAGCCUGGAAGAAGAACUGUCUGAUCCAGACCACCCCCUGGAGCCCCUGCUCCAAAACCUGCGGCCUGGGCAUCUCAUCGCGUGUCAACAACGAUAACGGCAAAUGUGAGAUGAGGAAGGACCGGCGCCUGUGCCUGCUGCGACUGUGUGAUAAAAGCCUGAUGAAGAGCGUUAAGGCGCCAAAGGGAAAGACAUGCCUGCCUAAAUUUCAAGCAAAGAAAGCGGAGAAGCUGACCCUCUCGGGCUGUACCAGCACCAAGAAGUUUAAGCCCACGUACUGCGGCGUCUGCACAGACAAGCGCUGCUGUGUCCCCAACAAGUCACGCAUGAUCAAGGUCAACUUCACCUGCAAGGGAGGCACCAACAUGCAGUGGAAGAUGCAGUGGAUAACGUCCUGUGUGUGCCAGAGGAAGUGCAAUGAUCCUGGAGACAUGUUUUCUGACCUGAGGUUACUCUAACUUAUGGAGCCUUCCAAACAGUUCAGGGACAAAGACCAAAGCUCAAACUGAGACUAAAACACCUGAUUUCUAAAGGAAGAACGGCUGGGAAUCAUUGAAUACAUGAAGAAGUAUUUGAAAGUUGUUAGUUCUGAAAAAUGGACAUGGCCAGUGCAGCAGACCGUAUUAUAACAGUCAUGGUGCCACACCAUGGCAGUUCAGGAUACAGUAUUCAUGUUGCUUAUCUUUUUUCAGAGGUUUUUAAUGGAGUCAUACAUAAAAAAAUGAUGAAAUAUAACAUUUAAAGGUAUAUACAAAAGAUGUGGUUGUGUGACAUCAUCAUUAUUCCGUAUAGCAUCACACAUAAUCAUUGUUAUAAGGAGACAGACAGAUUGAAACAAAGUGAACCUUCAUCUGGCGAUGUGCAGUCUGCGUGCAUCAGGCAUGAGUCUCCCCUUGGUGGCGUCCAGAAGUCGGUACUCUUCAAUCAGGGAGCUGAGAGAGACGAGGGCCUCAGAGAAGUGGCCCUGCUCCAUCCCUUCUACAUGCAAGUAGUGGUGUAAGUGAGCCUUAAAAAACAAAAAAGGUAUUCAAGUCUGAGGUAUAGUAAUCCUCACUUUAGACCGAGUCUAUUAAUCAGAAUCGUAGGUUUACACAUAGGAGGUUUGCUUUAGUAUAUGUGGUGCAUGCAAAGACACAAAGAAGAAUACGUAGCGAGAAAAACAAAAUAGUACUAUUAUGAAAGCUUUAAGAAAUACAGAUUUUAAGACUAUCAAAUUACCAAUAAAGACAAUAUUUACACAACAUAUCAUUUGAUGAAACUCAGCACAGUCAAAUAUAAUACAAUAUGAAAAGUGGAGAGCUGUGCUGAUUUA